UCACUCAGGCUCUCUCCCAGCAGUUCUCCUGACUUUCCUCCUGAAGACACUGCUAGGGCAGAGAAUACCAUCCAGCUCUGGAGAUUCCAAGGGAGGAAGAGGAGUCUUCUGCUUGAGGAGUCUGCCCCUGCCUGAUAGGUACUGAGAAUGAAGACACUGCCUGUCAUGUUUGAGAUUCCAGGGUUGUUUAGCAAACUCUUAAUCCUCCAUGUGGGCUUCUGGAGCAUCCUAGGUGAAGAGUCAUGUACAGUACAACUUAGAGUUCUCAGACAUUCGGAACAUGCCACAGUGGGACAGUCCUUUAAAAUGAAAUGUCCUGUGACAUAUUGUGCUCAGAGACCUAAUGUGACUUGGUGCAAGUACAGUGGAAAAGAUUGUUUACCUCUUGAGCUUGGGCCUCGGCAACAUACUGAUUGGGAAGACGAGGACCAGGUUCCAGCUUUUACUCUCCGUUUUGAACCAGUAUAUCUCAGUGACGAUGGGUGGUAUGGUUGUUCUAUAGACUUUACUUCUUAUGUUAUUAAUAGCAACAUAACAGUCCUCCAUGUGACAGGUGAGUGCUCUAUCACAGACCAUCUAUAUAGCUUUCCCAUCCUGUUGCUGUGAAAGAGGCAAUCCCGACUUUCAGACACUUUGGUUACAAGUUGGAACACUUGUAUCAGAUCCACAGUCUACCUCGUCUUCCAGGCUGUGACAGUAAUGAGGACAUAAAGUAUUUGUGUAGGGGGUGAGAAGGGUGGGGUCAAGAACAGUAGAGGGAAAAUAAUGGGAGUUACUGGUCUUUUUGAGACAGGAUCUGACUGCCCUGGAGCUCUCUUUGUAACCCAGGAUAUCAUGGAACUCACAGACAUCCACCUGCCUCUGCCUCCCUAGUGCUUGGAUGAAAGGUAUGUGCUGCCACAGCAGACCAGUUACUGACUGUUCUUGUUGUUAGAGAUUAAAACAUUUAUUUGACAGGUUCAGAAAUGAUCACAAUGAUAUCGUUUUCUUUUUUGUCAUUGUGUUUUCUGUUUUUUGUUGAUUAGAAUUUGUAGACGUUAU